AUGGCCAACCGCCCACACUCCUCGAGCAUUACGUCGCCCAAUCGUGAAAUAAAGUCGUCACAGAAGCUUGUAUGGAUCAGCGAGACUCUCCAUGCUACAGGGAACCACGAUCAUCCCGUCUGUCCGGAAGGAGCCGCUGGCGAUCGGGGCCACCAUGUCGUGGACACCAUGUGGUCCACGAGCGCCAUUACCUUCAACGGACGAUACAUAAUCCGUCUCGUAUUUGAUGCGCAAAGAGGACCUGAACUUGGUGAGCUUGUAGAGGACGUGCAGGAGGGCGUGAACUAUUUCGAGCACCUGCGGGCGCCUGAAAAGGGGUUCAGCCUGUUUACUCUGUAUACAUAG